CCGGGGCCCCAUCAAGUUCAACGUGUGGGACACAGCCGGCCAGGAGAAGUUCGGCGGGCUGCGCGACGGCUACUACAUCCAGGCUCAGUGUGCUAUUAUCAUGUUUGACGUGACGUCCAGAGUUACCUACAAGAACGUGCCUAACUGGCAUAGAGAUCUGGUGCGAGUGUGCGAGAACAUCCCCAUCGUGUUGUGUGGCAACAAAGUGGACAUUAAGGACAGGAAGGUGAAGGCAAAAUCGAUUGUCUUUCACCGAAAGAAGAAUCUUCAGUACUACGAUAUUUCUGCCAAAAGUAACUACAACUUUGAGAAGCCUUUCCUCUGGCUUGCCAGGAAGCUCAUCGGAGACCCGAACUUGGAGUUCGUUGCCAUGCCCGCUCUUGCCCCUCCAGAGGUCGUCAUGGACCCAGCCCUGGCAGCGCAGUAUGAGCACGAUUUAGAGGUUGCUCAGACCACUGCUCUCCCGGAUGAGGACGACGACCUGUGAGGAAUGAAGCGGCCCGCGUCAGAAGUCUAGUUUUAUAGGCCACUGUCCUGUGAUGUCAGCGGUGCCGCGUGUGUGCCACUUUGUUACCUAGCUAAGCAGACGUGUGCUUCAUCUUUGGGAUGCUGAAGGAGACGAAUGGGUUUCGGAGUGAAUGUGGCAGUUAAAUCUUCAUUUUUUUGGACCUGCAUAUUUAGCUGUUUGGAACGCAGUUGUUUUCCUUCUUGAGUUUCAAAUAUAAGACUGCUACAGUCACAUCACAAUAUUUGGUGGUGAAAUCUUGUUACUGUCAUUCCCAUUCCUUUUCGUUUAGAAUCAGAAUAAAGUUGUAUUUCAAAUA